GUCUUGGUCUUUCCAUUAUGAUGGGAAGCACAGUCGGCUUGGCAAACGGCUUGGAGUUAUGUGUUUGACUUUCAGGGAGUGACGACACCGUUAUGUCAGAUCAAAUUUGAUCCAGGGAACACCAUGAUGGUCAAGUUUAUAAAGUUAGUGCGCCGGCCCUAAAGAUUCAUGGGUGUUUCACCAAUGUCCGUGAGUAGUAAAAGCAUAUGUUAAGGGGGUGUAGUAGUUAUUUUGUUUCCAUUUGUCCUAGCUGGGUAAUGGAGGCCAAAUUGAAAAGGGUUACAUGGAGGCAGCAAGCCUAACUUGCAUUCUCCCAGAAUGACAAAGUGAGCUAUUUCAGAAUUCUUAGCCAUGUAAAGAAUGAUUUACCCGGUGUAAAAAUGAUCACUCUUUGUGUUCUGGACCAACUGGACUCUUGGUUGUUCUUCAGAGCUGUCGACAAAAAGUCAAAUUGUCUAAACCCAAAUGUGUCGAGGACAAUGGUAAAACACUGUAAUAUGCAUUUUGUUUCACUUAAAUUUGUGGUCCUCCUUUUGGUUGGUGGUUUUUAAUGCAUGUUCAUUUAAUUAUUUUUAAUAAUAUUCAAUAAAGAAUGAACUUUCAAAGUUGUUCACCCUUUGUUUGCUUGGAGCUACCAGGGAUAUCUGUUCUUAAUUUAGAUCAGGUAUUGGAUUACCUGGCAGACUCUUAACACAAGAAUAUCUUGUGAUCUUUUUGGCAUUUUAUAUAAUGUUGUGUGAAAGCAGUGUUUUUCCAACCUUUCCAACCCAUCAGAUCUGAGGGUAGAUGUUAGACAAGGUCAGGAAACAGAUCAUGACGCAGGUCAUUUGUCCCUUGCUGUGUAUAUUGCACUUUAUGAUGACUAUAAAGGGUUCUGAAUCAUGCGGAUAUGCACCAGCUUGUGAUAAAAAUGCAUCUAAAACAAAAGGGCUCUGUGUUCUAUUUCCAGGGAACUGACCCUGUUCUCUAUUACCUUAAAUGUUUGGGUGACAUAAAUAUGUAAUUUGUAGUCUAGUAUAUAAUGCCAUUGUCAUGUCAAUUAACUCAACAAGUCUUUCCAGACAUGAGUCCUUGGUUGCCAAUUUUGUUACCUUGUUCUUGGUCUCAUGGCCUAUCUUCAGUUUUGUAUGCCUAUUUGUUAGCAACUGCCAUGCGCAGCAAGUGGUGUGUAGAUUGUCAAGGAAUCUGACAGGGGCAUAGAGUCCAAACCCUGCCAUCAUGCUGAGUCACAAGUAAUUGUCAAGUUAACCAUUAAUUCACACUGUUUAAAGUGUUUCACUGACAAAGCCUCUUGUGUGAUUUUUGUGGUGGAGUCAGUGCUUGCAUCAUCAUGGCAGACUUUGGGGAGAUUCUCGAGGCUAUUGGAGACUUCGGUCUUUUUCAAAAACUCAUCCUGUUUGGCCUCUGCUUCCCAAACACCCUGCUUCCAUUCCACCUCACCAGUCUGAUAUUUAAUCAAGGCAAUGAGGGACAGCGCUGUAACACUGACUGGAUUUUAACAGUGGGCCCUGACUUGACUCUGGAGGAGCAGCUGAAUCUGACCGUACCCAGGCAGCAGGAUGGGUCAUUCAGCACCUGUCACAUGUUCACCCCUGUGGACUGGGACCUUUCGGCCAUUAGAGAGAAUGGCCUUAAUGAGACCACCACCUGCAUCAAUGGUUAUGUGCAUGACCUCUCUGUCUACAAGUCCACGAUAGUCUCUGAUUUUGAUCUAGUCUGUGAUAAGGCAAAUUUAGUUGGCCUAGCACAGACAGUGUUCAUGGCUGGUAUUCUGGUUGGGUCACUCUUGUUUGGACCCUUCGCUGAAUCAAUUGGACGACAGCGGGCCACACAGGUACCCGUCGUUAUCAUGGCCAUUUUCACUCUUGUGACCGGCUUCUCACCCAAUCUCUAUUUUUACAUGGUAUCUCAGUUCAUAGUAGGAGUUUCCUAUGGAGGAUUCCGUGUUAACUGCAUUGUCCUAGCGACUGAAUGGAUUGGAAAGAACAAGCGUGCCUAUGCCUCUUGUUUGACACAAAUACUGGCUGGUGUUGGCCAGUGCAUUCAAGCUGGUAUAGUGUAUUUCAAUCGGGACUGGAGAAUUGCCCAGUUUAUCAUGGGAUCACCUAUUGUAUUGGUGGCUGUUUAUAUCUGGUUCAUCCCUGAAUCGGCCAGGUGGUUGUUGGAUCGGGGGAAAACUGAGCAAGCCAGACAGUUAGUUCUAAAGGCAGCCGCAAUCAACAAACGCACAAUACCUGACAGACUGUUAGAGAAGCUCAAAGAGGGGAAGGCAGUGGAGAGAGGUGGCAUCAGAGCACUCUUGGCCUCCUCAGUCCUGAAGAAGUACUUCUUUAGUAUUUUGGUUGGAUGGUGUGCACUGAACCUGGCAUACUACUGCCUGUCACUGAACGUUGGGAAAUAUGGCCUGAACAUAUUUCUCACUCAGUUCGUAUUUGGGAUAACAGAGGUGCCCGCUCACAUCAUCUGCAUUUGGUUGCUGGAGGCGGUGGGGAGGAAGGCCUCCCUCAUAGCCACCCUGCUGGUGGGAGGCUUCAUCUGUCUGCUCACACUCAUUGUUCCACAAGAUGAGGCUAUUGCUGUUACUGCCCUUGCUACAGUUGGGAGAUUUCUCAUGAAUGGGGCUGGGACUGUGUGCAAUAUUUAUGUCCAGGAGCUUUUCCCCACCUCUAUCAGACAAACUGCCACAGGCUUGGGUGCCACGGCCACGCGGGUGGUGGGAAUGCUGGCUCCUGUGGUGAACCUGCUGGCGAUCUACCACUGGACCAUCCCCACACUGGUGUUCAGCAGCUUUGCUCUAGCCGGAGGGGCCCUGGGCUUCCUGCUGCCAGAGACGAGACGCAUUGAACUGCCCGACUCCACCGAAGAGGCCGAGGGGAAGAGGAACAUGAAGGUUAUGAAGACGAUAGAAGCUCCGAACAUGGUGGAUGGUUCCCAAAACUGCAUAGCCACAAAACUUUAAUUCUUGAUUUUGCCUUUGCCUUUGUAAAAACUCCCUAGUCUCUGAAUUUAAUUGAUUUACUGAACUUCAUGUGUGCAAUGGUGCAUUUAAACUGUUCAUAUUACAUUUGACAUUAUUUUGUUUACAUUAAAGCAACAUCAAAGAA